CGCCGGCCCGGCGCGGCCAUGAGCCGCACUGCGCAUGAGCGGGAGGCGGCGGAAGGGCCCGUGAGGAGCCGCGAGCCGCCGCCGCCGCCGGAGGAAGCCGCUGCCGCCGCCGCCCUCAGUCUCCGCCGGAGCCGGGAGGGGAAGAGGCCCGCACAGCCCCCAACAUGAACAAGUUGAAAUCGUCACAGAAGGAUAAAGUGCGUCAGUUUAUGGUCUUCACACAAUCUAGUGAAAAGACAGCAGUGAGUUGUCUAUCUCAGAAUGACUGGAAGUUAGAUGUUGCAACAGACAACUUUUUCCAAAAUCCUGAACUUUAUAUACGAGAGAGCGUAAAAGGAUCAUUGGACAGAAAGAAGUUAGAACAGCUAUAUAACAGAUAUAAAGAUCCUCAAGACGAAAAUAAAAUUGGUAUAGAUGGUAUACAGCAGUUCUGUGAUGAUCUAGCACUUGAUCCAGCCAGCAUUACUGUACUCAUCAUUGCAUGGAAAUUCAGAGCUGCAACACAGUGCGAGUUUUCAAAGCUGGAAUUCAUGGAUGGAAUGACUGAGCUAGGAUGUGACAGUAUAGAAAAACUAAAGGCCCAGAUUCCUAAGAUGGAGCAAGAAUUAAAAGAGCCGGGAAGAUUUAAGGAUUUUUAUCAGUUUACUUUCAACUUUGCAAAGAAUCCGGGACAGAAAGGUUUAGAUUUAGAAAUGGCCAUUGCCUACUGGAAUUUAGUACUUAAUGGAAGAUUUAAAUUUCUAGACUUAUGGAACAAAUUUUUGUUGGAGCAUCAUAAAAGAUCAAUACCUAAGGACACCUGGAACCUUCUUCUAGACUUUAGUACAAUGAUAGCAGAUGAUAUGUCUAACUAUGAUGAAGAAGGGGCAUGGCCAGUUCUUAUCGAUGACUUUGUGGAAUUUGCACGCCCUCAAAUUGCUGGGACAAAAAGUACGACAGUGUAGCACUAAAGGACCUUUCUAGAGUGUACAUAGUCUGUACAAAUACAUGAAAUGGAAAAUUGCACAGUCAAUUUCUGCUGGCUGGACUGAACUGAAGAUCAAUCCUCACAAUAUGGCUGAGGGUUGAGACAAACCUUAAAGGAUACAUCUUGGACCAUAUCAUAUUUCAUUCUUCUACUGGUGGUUUGGGCUUUUCUUCUAGUCUGGACCACUCUUGCCCGUUAAAAUUCCAACAUUGUGGAUUUCAUCAUGGAUUUUUUUUCUUUUUUUUUUUUUUUUUUUUUUUUUUUUUUUUUUUUUGUGGACCACCCUAGUUUCAUCUCCCAUAAGUCUUAGAAGCUUUAUAAUUAUUUUGAGGUUUCUGGUUUCACAUAAAGCACAACGCUGGUUAUCAUCAGACAACUGUUAUAUGGCAUCUGAAUUAUACAGAUCAACAUUAAAACACUUUUUAAAAAAAUGCUUAAAUAUACACUUGGGGCUAGUUGCAAAGACUGUAUUGAUAGCACUUCCUGUAAGAGUGAUAUAUUUAAGUGUACUGGGUCCGAUAAUCUUUUUCUUUUCUGGAAAAGUGCAGGUAUUGUCUAAGUGAGUUUGGAGUAUCUGAUAAAAACAAUUGCAGAAAUAACCAACAAAACCCAAGAUUGUUAAUACUGGGGUAUCCAGGUGCCUAUCUGAAUGGUUUGAUUGUACAUCAACUGACUGUGAAAACAGUUGAAGUACUACACAACUACUGUGCACUUACAGCACCCGCGUGUAAUGUUAUAGUCAGCCUUCAGUGAGCGUCAUUGAGAUGAGCUGUGUGCGUAAUGAUAGAAUCUAAUACUCUCUAGGUUAUUAUCUAAGAAAUCAGAUUUCAUUACAGUUUUGAAAUGCUUAUCUGUCUGUCUAGGAAAGGUUUUUCAUUUCUGUGGAAAUCUAAAACUUGAAUAUACUGAAUUUGUGUCUUAAAUGUUUGCUACACAAUACAGUAUUUUAAAUUCAGACAUGGAAAUUUUAUGGCUGAGGUAUGAAGAAACAAAUGACCCUGGUAUUCAAGAAGGUUAUGAGUUUGAUAUGAAUCUAGGUUUUGAAAUGAUUCUCCUGAGACAUAAGUUAAAUCUUUAUAACAUAUAGGUACUGCUGUUGUGGAUGACACCCAUUUUUAAUUACUUAUCUUGUUGAGUUUUCCUUAAAUUGACAUAUCACUGUGGUUGCCAAAUACAGAAAUUAAGAGUAAAGCUUUCCCAAAAAAGCACAGGUUGGAUAUAAAGUACUACACUGGCUUUGUUUGCUUAAAUUAUUUUGCUGAUCCACCGUUACUUCUCACUGCAUAUAACUAAAUCAUUUGUUUUGUUCAAAGCAGGUUUUAUCAGACGUGAUUCUUCUUUAUUUUUAACCUUACAAGAGCUCUUGAAGAGCUGCUUUCAUGCUAAACGUGUUCUUUUACUCCUCGCUUAGUUACCUGUGAAGAGAUUUGUUUUCUUGAGAUAAAUACUAUUCUGGAAAAUGCCAAGCUCCACGGAAAAGGAGGAGAGAGAAAAAGAAAGACUAUAGUUAUGAGUAAGGAUAGAGGUUUGAGUCCAUGCUCUCAAUAGUCCUGCAUUAAGGCCAGAAUUAUUUUUGAAAUGAGUGAUUGGAACUUGCACUAAAGAGCAGAACACUUUUAUGCAGAUGCUAGAAGUAUUUUAGGAAAAAAUUGACUAUUAUGUACUGCUAAAAAUUUUAUUUGUAUGCCUUGAAGUUGACUAUAAGGUUAGCUCCCCUCAUAUCAGUGCCCUUUUAAGAAAAUCCAGUUGUGCAUUUAUUUCAAGAAUACACUUCUACAAAAAUGUUGCAAAUUUAACUCCAGCUACUGGAAUUGGCUAUGCCAAAAAUGUGUGUUUUGCUGCUUUCAGUAUUUCCUUUCUCAAUUUUGUGUAAAUAUUAAAUGGGGACUUGAAAUUAUGGGGGGGAAAAAAGCUCUACAAGGUAUAUAUGCGUGCUGUUUUCUGUCUUGAGGGUUUUGGUACAGUUUCAGAUCGAUUAGUUCGAGUAUGCUGUGUUUUGAGAUGAGAACUAACUAGCUUUUUAUCCCAGUACAGACUCAUCCCUCCAAAAGUCUGAUAUUGGUUAGUGGCAUAAUGCCGUGGUGUUUUAAAGAAUAUUCCUUUUGAAUGCAAGACCUUUCCAACAAAAUAGUGUUGUCAUCAGUUUGGUACUAUACGCUUAUAAUUACUGUGUAAUUAUAAAAAAAGACAUAAAACUUUGACUAAUUAUGUUGCAGAAAAGGGUUAUUUGUGCUAUGAUGGCAUCUUAAGAGUUUUUCAAAAUGAAUAACUGAAGUUGAAAGAAACAUUGAUAUAACAGGGUGUUCUAAGAACAAAAUGCCUGGUUACAGGGAAUAUUUUGUAUUGAGAAGUGCUCAGAUGUGGCCAUGUGUUUUUUCCUUUAUAUAUUUGUGUGGGGUUUUUUGUUUUUGUUUUUUUAAUGCAGACAGUUGCUUACUUGGAUUGCUUUAAUUCAUAAGUGCUUACGUCCUCAAUUUGGUGAUCUCCCCAUAAUGGAUCAAUUUAAUUUUGCCAAAUGUCAGAAAAAAGGGUGAACACCUGAAGUUUGUAACCUGUUUUUUAUACAUUAAAGAUGUACAAAAUUAGAAGUGCCCUGAUAUAAAACACUUAAACUCAAGAUUAUAUUUAGUAAAAAAAAAAUCAUUUACAUAUCUCUGUAAGUUCAAAUGUAACUUCUUACAAUCCCUCUCAUUACCAACAGAGGCAAUAAAGCUCCAGUGAAAUUGCCAUGA